AUGGCCUUGCAAUACGUGGAGCUAUGCAAGGAUAACUGCGCCGCCACCAAUGGGUCAGUUAACUGCAACCCACCGGAGGACGACUUCACUGAAGUUUUCGGCCCGAACUGUGGGGUAGAGCUGCCCACUUUCGGCACCAUAACUGGCCACAUUGUGGGUUGCAGCCAAUCCAAGAGGUACAUUGCUGAUCCUGAAGCAGCUUUCUCUGAGGUGCUAGUGAGGGACGGCAGGAGUUUGUCUGUGGUGAGAAACAGGUCGCACAAAGGGGUGGGAGUAGGCCUGUUUGGGGUUCAUAAGGGUCCUUUCUUUUGGUGCGUUCUGUUCGGCGAUGGAGAGACAAACUCCACCUUUAUGUUGGAGGAACGCGGGCAAGGGAUUAAGCAGAAGAAAGGAUGUUUCAGCGGCAGUGCUUUCGCUUGCAACAGCAGCAACCUCAUAAGAUCGCUUGGAUUGUGGCUGCUGUCUCUGCUGCUGUGCCUUGUUCUGCACAUUUUGCGUGGGUAG